AUGUUUGGGCCCCCGGAUCUUCAGGGUUUCUCUAGGUUCCAACAAAGCAUGCAACAGGCGUUGUCAAUGGCGCAACAGGCGAAUCAAUUUGAGCGACAACACGUGCUACGCCCUGGCGACGUUAUGGGUUCCGCUCCAACUCCUCCAAGCUAUUCAUACACGUCGGCGUUUUCGAACCCUGCUCACAGCUAUACCUAUACAUCAACUUCAUCCGGCCCAAAUACAGCCAGGAAUUCCGGCAAUCAGACGAUCGUCGUCGUGACAAAUAUCCCUGACGAGGAUGACGCGGACUUGUGGAAAUACAGGGUGGCGAUUAAUUACCUGCGCGAGAGAAAACGCUCGCUCCGAAUUUUCCUU